AUGGUCGGUGUCGCCCUGAGCUUCCUCGCGCUCUCCCUGGCUGUGGAGGCGCGGGGCAAGGCGGGCCGGGACGGCGGCCGUGGUCGUGGGAGAGCGGAAGCGCUUGAAGCGGGCGUGGGCCGGGGCGUGUCUUGGGUUGGCAUCAACGGCGGCUUCGACGAGGACUACGUGGACAGCCGGGGGCGGCUCUGGCAUCACACGCAUGAGGCCUGGACUCCCCAAAACUGGGGCGGCUGGAUGGGCUCGGAGCCACGAGACUACUCCAACUCCUGGGGAAACCCGAGGAUGAAGUGUAAGAAUUGGCCAGCAGACUACGACCAGGACUACGAGGCCCUCUUGCACCACUACAGCAUUGAGCAGGGCACCAAUCAAACCUUCCGCGUGAACCUGCAAGAUUCCCAGGAACCUCUGAGUUACUACACGGUCAAGUACAACUUCUGCGAGAAGCAGUGGCAUGGCGGCGGCAAGAUGGACAUCGUGAUCAACGGGAAGGUCGUCAAGAAGGACUACAUCACCAAGUGCCACCACACCCGCACCGACAUCUACCACUUCAAGUGUGUCCCGACCCUGGCCGGCGUGAUCGAAGUCAGCAUUCAAGGCGAUCCGGAAGUGAAAGGAGGACAAGCGAGGUUCUCUACGCUGGAGUUUGAGAAAUCCUCGGAUGGCUGCUCGGACGGCUGCUUGGGGAAGUCCUGUGGCAAGGGCUUCUGCAGCUCGACGACCUUCUACGACUACUCCUCGAGAUGCGAUUUCGGCAGUGAGGGGAUGGUCAACGAGUUCGACUUGGAGGAGGCCCAGGAAGAGGCUUCUUCCUGCAAGUGCGAUGCGGAUGUCCAGGGAGAAGCCUGUGAGCUGGGCGCCUGCGCAGCCGUUUCUUGCAACGAGCCCUUCGGUGGCUUCUGCCUGGAGGGCAAGUGCCAGUGCAUCGACGGCCACAGCGGAGAGAACUGCGAGGUGGCGCCGGACAUCGACCGUUUCGGCUGCUACGCUCAGCACGAGGAG